CUCAACUUGGGUUUGCGGUGUUUUAGGUGCUCUUGCCGCCGUCAGCCGCGUCCACCGCCCGCCCCGCCCUGCUCAGGUAGCUCCUUCUUGGAAGGUGCGGGCUGAGUCUCCAGGUUUGUCCCGGUGGUCCGGUGGACCCAUUCCUUCCGCAGUCGCCGCUAUGGAGGGCGCCCCGGAGGACGUCCCGGAGUCUGGCUCCUCUGCCCCCGCGUCCGAAGAGCCUGCGGGCUUGGCCAGGGGCCCCGAGGUGUUGCCUCCCGAGGAAUCGGACGGCUGCGCCCGGCCGCUGGAGACUGGCCCCAAGAAACUCUGUGGAUACUUAAGUAAGUUUGGCGGCAAAGGGCCCAUCCGGGGCUGGAAGUCCCGCUGGUUCUUCUACGACGAAAGGAAAUGUCACCUGUAUUAUUCGCGGACCGCGCAGGAUGCUAAUCCUUUGGACAGCAUCGACCUCUCCUGUGCGAUCUUUGACUGUAAAGCGGACUCUGAGGAGGGGAUUUUCGAAAUCAAGACUCCCAGCCGAGUUAUCACCCUGAAGGCCGCCACCAAGCAAGCCAUGCUGUACUGGCUGCAGCAGCUGCAGAUGAAGCGCUGGGAGUUCCACAACAGCCCACCUGUGCCUCCCGCUACCCCUGACACCGCCCCAGCUGGGAACGGACUCACCCUGCACCUCGAGCUAGGGCAAGAGGAGGAGGAUCCGGAAGAGUUCCUGUGUCCCGUGAAAACACCCCCUGGGCUCGUGGGCGCUGCAGCUGCCUUCCAGCCAGCCCCUGCCAUGCCCUUGGCCCUUCAGAAUAUUUCCCUCAAGCACCUGGGAACUGAAAUACAAAACACGAUGCACAACAUCCGUGGCAACAAGCAGGCCCAAGGAACAGGCCACGGGCCUUCAGGGGAAGAGCCUCGGCAGAACAGGGAGUGUCAGAGGGAGGAACAGCCCCAGAUUUCUGACCCGGGUACCCCAGGGAACGAACCAGCGGAUUCUCCAAAGCCUGCGCCCAAGUCUUCUCUGACCACCAAUCUCAUUCAGAAAGCCAAGCGCCAGAACAACACCUUCCCGCUCUUUUCUGAAGGGCUCAUGCGGAACCGAACUGCCCAGGAGAAGGUGGUGGCCUUGGAGCAGCAGGUGUUGGUGCUCACGAAGGAGUUGAAGUCUCAGAAGGAGCUGGUGAAGAUCCUGCACAAGGCACUGGAGGCUGCCCAGCAGGAGAAGAGGGCAUCCAGCGCGUACCUGGCGGCCACCGAGGACAGGGACCGGCUGGAGCUGGUGCGGCACAAGGUGCGGCAGAUCAUGGAGCCAGGCCAGCGGGUGGAGGCCCUGGAGCGGGAGCGGGAGAGCCUGGCGCACGUGGCCAGCCUGCGCAGCGAGCAGCAGGUGCAGGAGCUGCAGCAGCACGUGCAGCUGCUCAUGGACAAGAACCAGGCCAAGCAGCAGGUCAUCUGCAAGCUCUCCGAGAAGGUUACCCAGGACUUCACGCAGCCCCCCAGCCAGGCCCCUGUGACCCCCGAGGCUGCCAACAGGGACUGCUGGAGCCAGCAGGAGAAGAUGGAGCACCUGAAGGAUGACAUGGAAGCCUACCGGAUCCAGAACCGCUUCCUCAACUCUGAGAUCCACCAGGUCACAAAGAUCUGGAGGAAGGUGGCUGAGAAGGAGAAGGCCCUCCUGACAAAGUGUGCCUACCUCCAAGCCAGGAACUGCCAGCUGGAGAGCAAGUACCUGGCCGGGCUGCGCAGGCUGCAGGAGGCCAUGGGGGACCAGGCCAGUGAGUGCUCAGAGCUACUGCGACAGCUCAUCCAGGAGGCACUGCAGUGGGAGGCCGGGGAGGCCUCGGCGGACAGCGUGGAGCUGAGCCCCGUCAGUGAGUAUGAUGAGUAUGGCUUCCUGACGGUGCCCGACUACGAGGUGGAAGACCUGAAGCUGCUGGCCAAGAUCCAGGCACUGGAGGUGCGCUCCCACCACCUGCUGGCCCUCGGGGCUGCAGAGCGGUCACUGCAGGAGCGCUGGGCAGCCCUAGGCGAGCUCGUGCCCUCGGCCGAGCUCAAGCAGCUGCUGCGUGCGGGCGUGCCCCGUGAGCACCGGCCGCGCGUCUGGAGGUGGUUGGUGCACCGGCGCAUCCAGCACCUGCACACUCCCGGCUGCUACCAGGAACUGCUGAGCCGAGGCCAGGCCCGCAAGCACCCUGCUGCCCGCCAGAUCGAGCUGGACCUGAACCGGACCUUCCCCAACAACAAGCACUUCACCUGUCCCACCUCCUGCUUCCCUGACAAGCUCCGCCGGGUGCUGCUGGCCUUCUCCUGGCAGAACCCCACCAUUGGCUACUGCCAGGGCCUCAACAGGCUGGCGGCCAUUGCUCUGCUGGUCCUGGAGGAGGAGGAGAGUGCCUUCUGGUGCCUGGUGGCCAUCGUGGAGACCAUCAUGCCAGCUGAUUACUACAGCAAGACGCUGACGGCGUCCCAGGUGGAUCAGCGGGUGCUCCAGGACCUCCUCUCGGAGAAGCUGCCCAGGCUGACGGCCCACCUGGGGCAGCACCGUGUGGACCUCUCCCUCAUCACCUUCAACUGGUUCCUCGUGCUCUUUGCAGACAGCCUCAUCAGCGACAUCCUCCUCCGGGUCUGGGAUGCGUUCCUGUACGAGGGGACCAAGGUGGUGUUCCGCUACGCCUUGGCCAUUUUCAAGUACAAUGAGGAGGAGAUCCUGAGACUGCAGGAUGGCCUGGAGAUCUACCAGUACCUGCGCUUCUUCACCAAGACCAUCUGCAACAGCCGGAAGCUCAUGGACAUCGCCUUCACCGACAUGAACCCCUUCCGCAUGAGGCAGCUGCAGCAGCUGCGGGCGGCCCACCGGGAGCGGCUGGAGGCCGAGCUGCGGGAGCUGGAGCGGCUGAAAGCCGAAUAUUUGGAGACCCGGACAUCACGGGGCAGGGCAGUGCCCAAGGGCUGUGCCAGCGAGGACGAGGACGAGGCAGAUGCAGACGGGGAGGCCUGACUUGGCCGCUCGCUCCCCUCCCCAGGGUCCUUCUGAACCUUGGCUUGCUCCGGCCAGCCGGUGUGGUCCAGCCCUGGAGCCCCAUCACCGUGCGACCCUGGACGAGCCCCUUCCCCUCUCUGGGCCUCUGCCUUCCCAGCAGGACAUUGUCUGUGCAGCCAUUGGCUGAGUUACCUCUCCCGACACUUACCCAGGGGUGCCACCAGGCCUCCCCUCACCCCCACCAGCACUUUAGCACGCACACAGUGAGAGUGCGGUCUUUGUCGGGCAACCUUGAACUUCCUAAGUUAUGUCUGAUGUAAAUAUUGGAAAUAGCGCACCAGCUCUGGAACUUACUGGUCUCAGUUCUGGCUGGGCGCAGACACCAGGAUGUGCACCACAAGUGCCUUCCAGCCUGGGGCAUCUCUGGCUGCUGUCUCUAUGGGUGUCUCUGUAGGGCCUGCCUCCACCUGGCUGCUGGGGUGCUCAGGGUUUCUGUCUUUCUCGGAAGCAGCUCCUCUCCCGUACUGAUGGGGGUCUGCUUCCACCUCCCACCCCACCCACGAGGCCUGUUUCCAGAGCCUGCUGUCUGCGCCCUCCUCUCCACCCACCGCCCAGUUAGGGGGGUUCCCAGAGAAAACCCAAGCCCACCACCAGGAGGAAUGUGGUAGGCAGAGAGCCCCACUGCCCCCCCCACCUGCUUCACAGGUGGGGACAAGGGAAGCAGAACAGAAGGACAUCUGUCCCCAGAAGUGGGGGGUUGGGAGGGGAAGUAGAGGUGGAGGUUGAUGCCACCCUAGGCAGGGCUGACUUGUCAGUGUUCACCUGGUGCAGGAACUCCGGGCUGUGUGGCCCCUAUCCAGCACCAGUCCUGGGCUCUUCCAGGCCCUUCUCCAGACAGACGCUUUCCCUGUCCCUCCCGAGGCCCAGGUCAUGGCUGCACAAGUGAUUCUGGCAGCUCAUCCCACAGCAAAACCUAACUACUGGUAUAAACUUGAGCUCAAUCCUCUGGUAGGAAGGACUCGGGGUGGGGGUCCCCAUACGGUAACACCCCCCACUCCAGAAAACCAACCAGUAUUAGGGGAGCUGCCCUCGAACCUCCUAGCUCUGACCAGAGGCUCCUGUCCAUGGCUGGGGAGGAAGCCAUGCCCCUCACCAGGGACAAGGACAGGCUCUUUGGCAGCCCUGGCUGAUCCCUAGUCCCUGCUGUCACCCACAGAUGUGAACUUGAGGGCUCAAGCUCCAUGCACACUGUUCCCCACACCAUGUGGCCUCUGCAGCCCUGGGGAAGGGUGCUCAGAAUUCUUUUGCUCCCACAGUCGUGUGGACCCCAGGGGUCCUGGGAACACCCCUCACCCCCCCUUGACCACCUUUGCAUGUCUGCUGAGCUCUGUGCAUCUGCUGAGGCCCUGUCACCACUGGACAGUAUCCGUGACAUCAGGUGUGAGAUGAGGCAGCCUGGGGGUCCUAGCUGCACUCCGAUAGGCUGGGUGCUACAACUCUGCGGCCGGCCAUGGGGUGAGGAAGGCUCAACCCCAGGAGGGUUGUAGGAGCCACCACUGGUGCUGAACCCCAUGCAGCCAAAGGAGUGAGUGUCCUUCUCCAAAGGCCCAAGGCUCCAGGAAGUCCGGGCCCAGCUAGCCCCUCUGGCUCUGGUCCUGGAAUUCAUUUUCUCUUUUCAGCAAAAAUCAAACAAAACACCCCAGGGAAAGGAGAAACUGCUCAGAGGGGGCUGCCUGUGCUUCCUGGGGUGGGAGGGCAGUCGUGCUUUGCAUUUGACCCAGCACCCAGUAACCUCUGUGACUACCUGACUGGGCCUUAGAAUCCCUGAGUCGCUUUUUUUUUUUU